AUGGAUGAUGAGAGAAGAAGAUGGGAGGAUUUAGACACAGACUGCUUGACGAAUGUGUUUUCAAGAGUUAAAAUGGAGUCUCUGUUUUUGGCUGUUCCUUUUGUCUGCAAAUCAUGGUACAAAACAAGUCUCAAUCCUUUGUGCUGGAAACGUCUCUGGUUUCCAGAUUUUAUACCUUAUCCUUUGUUUACUGAUAAGGCCGAGGAUCGGCUUCAACCUGCUCAGAGUUUUGGUCCCUUUUACGAUCAGUUUGUUGAUGAAUAUCGAAUAAACAAGACUCGGUUCUCUAUCGAUGCUUUUGUGAAGUUGGUAGUCGAUCGUAGCAAUGGAAUUGCCACUUCUCUCAUACUACCUGAAUUCUGUACGGAAGAAUCAUUGAGAUAUGUUUCAGAUGCAUGCCCUCUCCUUUGGGGAGUUUGGUUCACAGAUGACCUGGUGCUUUUCAAGAAUUCUCAAAUUAUUGCACAAGUGAUUGGCAAGUGGAAAUUUUUGGAGUGGUUGUAUUUGGGGAGUAGCUUGGUGAAAAUUAUGCGGCAAAGAAGAUUGAGUAAAAAACAUUUGAGUGAACAUUUUAAAGUGUUGUUGACAGUGGAAAAUCCACCCUGCUAUAAUGUUCUGGAUAGAAUCCUUGUGCAGAUUGCCACUCACUGCAAACAUUUUAAGGAAUUAUCUAUUUCUUCCUGCAAUGUUGGUGAAAUUGAGGCAUCCACAAUUGUGAAGUUGCUGCCAAACCUUAAAAAGUUGGAUGUGAGCAGUUCUUGCAUUGAUCGAGAUAGUGUUGUUAAACUAUUGCAGGGCCUUAAAAAGGUGGUGCGUUUUCAUAUCACAAGAUGUGAAGGUUUUGAAGAGAGUGAUGAAGAAAUAUCAAAGCUUGGUUCCCAGGUCAAACCCUUUUUAUGCCAAGAUUGUGCAAACUGUGAUUUAUCUUGGUUUAAAAUAAUCGUUAAACAGAGGAAGGCUAUUUUCAGGACAUUGGAGUUAUCAAAUCAGAUUAAUGAGGGAUGA